AUGGAUUACCGUUCAAAAAUGCCCCUGGCCUCGGUAAACAAUAAUCAGUUGAAUACUACUCUUCCCAGGGCCAAGCGUUUGAGUCUGUCCACGCGACAAUCGAUCAUUGGUGGACCAAAACUGCUAAACUAUGACAGCACGAAGAGAAGAACAAUUGGUGGACCAGGGCACCCUACAGUGGGCUAUAAUAGUGCUACAACAACCAUAUCAGCAGCCACCAAACGAAAGUCUGAAAUAUUAAAAGGGGCUAACAAUAAACGACGCGUGUCUAUGUAUGGGGGAAUGGAUACCAAGCGAGUGUCAAUCUACGGUGGGUUGAAUACCACGAGCUCUUUCAGCAAAGACCCAAGACCAUUACGGGACAAAUCGUAUCAGGCAAUGCUCCAACAGGAAGUUCAUGACUAUUUAAUGGAAAACAAAUUUGAGCUGGAAAUGAAAUAUCCCAUCACUAUCAAAAGUCUCAAAUUUCCCACACAGAAAGAUUUUGUCCUGGUAUUUCAAUGGUUGUACAAGAGGAUAGAUCCUGGUUACAAAUUUCUAAAGUCCAUAGAACAGGAGGUCUAUUUUCUUCUUAAAACUUUAGGAUAUCCUUACAUUGAAGCAAUCAACAAAAGUCAGAUCAGUGCUGUUGGUGGAUCCAAUUGGCCUAUUUUUCUUGGUAUGUUACAUUGGCUCGUUAAACUAGGAGAAUCAUUGGAAGAAAUUGAUGAAGCUGAUGUCAACCAAUUUCAAAUAGAAUCGUACACAAAUUCAGUUGAUGACAAUGCAAUUGCUCAAGAUGACUUGAUACUUGACAAACUGUUCACUAGAUACAUUAUCAAAUCCUACAAAUCGUACUUGAAUAAUGAAGACGAUUAUUCAUCAUUUUAUCAAGAAAUGGAAAGUGAUUACAAUGUUUAUGCCAAUCGUUUAGCGGAGAACAUUACAGCAAUGAGAGAAAGUAACAUAAAUCUAAAUCAAGAACUGACCACGCUACAAAUAUCCAACGAAGAAGUCACGCAUGCUCUGAAGAAAUGCAGCAUAAUGAAACAAGAUCUAGAGAAGUUCCAAUCAUACAUUGAAAUGAUGGAGGCAAAGAAAUUGAAAUGGAAACCGGUACUUACCUCCUUACAAGAUGAGCUACGAAAGUCUCAAUCUGAGUUUGAAACUCUUCAAUCCAUUAAGGAGAAGAUCGUUGCUAAGCUAAGAGAAGAAGGCUUUACAGUUGAGGAUAUUGAGUAUCUAAACCAAGAAAACACCUCUCUGUCUAAAGAAUUGACAAGAUCCAAGGAAAAGAUGGCAGAAAUAACACAGAACAUAAAAGCAAAAGAAAUCUCAGCAAGCAAUUCUUUCAAUUUACUGCAGCAAAAGAUUGAUUCUUACAACUCCAGUGUAUACAAGAUCAUCAAUUCUAUAGGCAACUUAGAGUAUGAUGUAUCUAAGUUUGAUUUAGAGAUAACGACCUUCUCCAACAAAUUCCUAAACGACGAUUCCCUGUUAGGCCUGAAACCCCAUGAAAUCAUCACAGAUAUAAAAGAAAAGGAUUUAAAACAACAGCAGUUUGAACUGAAAAAAUUGAUCGUUGAAAAAUCUUACAGUUUGCAAGAUGAUAUAAUAAAGCUUCAAGAAAAUUUGGAUCUUAUCAACGAAUCAAUAAACGAGCAAAAAGAUCAAGUAGACUCGUUAGAAACUAAUUUAACAGAGUCUAAACUUCUCUACGACGAAAUGUACGAAACUAUGAUGAACGAAUCUUCCAAAGCUAACAUAGAAUUGGCAAAGUUGAAUAGGGACUUACAAUCCAUUCAACUCAAGUCCAAAGAAAACACAUCCAGAGUGAACCAAAAAUAUAACUCAAUUAAGAUAGAAUAUGAUCAGUUGAAACAUGAAAUUAAUCGAAAAAGAAUGGAUUAUCAAAAUAAGGUCCGACAAAUAUUAGAGUUUGUGGUUGACUUUAAGCUGGGUAUUCAAUCGAAUUUAGAAGAUCUAGAACAAUUAGUGAUUCAAGAAUGCAAUGAAGAGCUUGAUCAGGUCGAAGACAGCCCGAGAACUGAAGCACUCCAGGGAGCUGAGAAUAACGUGUAA